CCCGCGGCGCCGCGCACUCACAGAGAGAGUGAGGGCGGAAGAGGGUGACGCGGUGGUCACCGGGUCACGUGAGGAACGUGCUUCCGGCUCAUUGUUACGGCACUUCCGGUGAUUGUGACGCACUGGGGUUCGGCGGCUGACGCUCGGCUAGGCUUGUGUUAUGGCGGAUUGCCGAGCGUCCACCUCUCGCUGGUUCUUCACCCGGGAGCAGUUGGAAAACAGCCCAUCGAGGCGCUGCGGCCUGGAGGCUGACAAGGAGCUCUCCUAUCGGCAGCAAGCGGCCAACCUGAUCCAGGAUAUGGGACAGCGGCUCAAUGUUUCCCAGCUAACCAUCAACACUGCCAUUGUUUACAUGCACAGAUUCUAUAUGCAUCAUUCUUUUACCAAAUACCACAGAAAUAUAAUCUCUCCCACUACAUUGUUUCUGGCUGCCAAAGUGGAGGAGCAGCCUCGUAAACUUGAACAUGUCAUCAAAGUGACUCAUGCUUGUCUUAAUCCACCAGAUCUACAGCUGGACACAAAAAGUGAAGCAUACUUACAGCAAGCUCAAGAGCUGGUAAUACUUGAAACUAUACUGCUAGAGACCUUAGGUUUUGAGAUCACUAUUGAACAUCCCCAUACAGAUGUUGUUAAAUGCACCCAGUUAGUGAGAGCAAGCAAGGAUUUGGCACAGACCUCCUAUUUCAUGGCUACCAACAGUCUGCACCUCACUACUUUCUGCCUUCAAUACAAGCCUACUGUAAUCGCCUGUGUGUGCAUUCACUUGGCCUGCAAAUGGUCCAACUGGGAAAUACCGGUAUCAACGGAUGGAAAGCAUUGGUGGGAAUAUGUAGACCAAACGGUUACACUGCAAUUGUUGGAUGAGUUGACACACGAAUUCCUGCAAAUUCUGGAGAAAACCCCUAGUAGACUGAAGAAGAUUCGAAACUGGAGGGCUAUCCAGGCUGCAAGGAAACCCAAGGCUGAUGGACAGCUUGACAACUCCCUCCUUGGUUCUUCUCUGGUCCAGAAUUCUAUUUUGGUUGACCCAGUAUCUGGUAUUGCUGCAAGUGCUAGUUUUCCCAAGUCAUCAACAUCUGCAUUUCCUGCACCACCUACUGUGAACUCAGGAAGCAUGCCCAUCCAGGGGCCCCAUAACCCUGAGGAACUGUCUAUAUUGGCAAUACCUGGUACAUCAUAUACAAUGCCCUCCCAUCAUGAAUGGCCUCAGCACCAUGAGCAACCUAGGGCUGACCAGGGAUACAGCCAGAAGCAGGAGAGUUCCCUGUCAGCUGCUCAGUACAAUAUGUCUGCUGUUCCGCUACACUCUGGCUUACACCAUAGAUCUGACAAGGCUUCCGACCAUUCAGCUAAGCUGGACCAUGCCCAUAAGUCAUUGAGCAACAAAUACCAUGGACAAAUGUAUGUGCCUUCAAUGGCAGCGUCUCACAAAAUGUCUUUGGACAAGUAUAGGGAGAAGCGGAAGCUCGAAACUGUUGAAACUGAUGUUCGAGAUCAAAUUCCAUCUCUCCACGUGGAUCAGCAUCAGCACAAAAAACAUGGCCAAGUCUCGGGCAGCAGUUCUGUUGCCUCCCCUCUCAAAAUGAAAAUUCCGCUUUCUAAUGCCGAAAAGACUGAAAAACAUAUUACUGACAAAAAGGAUAAGGGUGGUUCCCUGAAACUGCGUAUCCCUAUCCCCCCUACAGAAAGAGGAUCCAGCAAAGAUGACUUGAGAGUGAAAAUAAAAGUAUCUUCCGCUGAUAGGCACAGCUCAUCUGACGAGGGCAGCGGGAAGAGCAAGCACUCAAGUCCGCACAUGAACAAAGAACACAAAGACAAGCACAAAGAGCAUUCUUCCAAUCGACACCACAGUAGCAGCCACAAGCAUUGCUCUUCACACUACAGCAGUGCAAGCAACAACAACAGCAAUAAACUUUAUAUGGACGGAAUGGCAACAACUGUUUUACGGAGUCCUGUUGGUGUGCCCAAUGAUGGUGGUACCUCGAGCUCCAGCUCUUCAAGAAAGAGGCCACAUUCCAAUGACGCCUCUUACAACCACCACUCCAAAAUGAGCAAAAGUUCCAAAACUUCAGGUAGUUCUACUAGUUCUUCCUCUGUUAAGCAGUAUAUAUCCUCUCACAACACUGUUCUUAACCAUCCCUUACUCCCUCCCCCUGUCACAUACCAGGUGGGCUACGGGCAUCUCAGCACCCUCGUGAAACUGGACAAGAAGCCAGUGGAGAGCAACGGCCCUGAUGCCGGUCACGAGUACGGUGCAAACAGCCAGCAUAUGGACUACAAAGAUACAUUCGACAUGCUUGAUUCGCUGUUAAGUGCCCAAGGAAUGAACAUGUUAUCUUGAAGUAUUUGAGCCUCAGUCCUUCAUGGUGCUUCCUCCUCAAUAACUCAUCUGUCUUAUAACGAAAGCAGGAAAGGCAAUGAUCAUCUUGCAAUGCUGAUGGAUGGGAAUGCAAAGAGCCUGGAACGCUAACUCACAGUAGGAAGCCGUAAUCACUCCCUGAAGGGAGCCAGGCGGACUUAUGAUCAAAAAUGACAAUUUUGGAUUUUUAAUUUUUUGCUUUUUAUCAAGUGGUUAAUAAGUACAAAGAAAAAGAAAGAAGUUAUGUGGCUGUUAAUUUUUACGUGUUUUUUUGAUUAUCCGUGAAACAGAAAACUUAGUAGUUACUUUAAUGUAGAUUGGAUAAGGAAAAAAAAUGUAUCGGUUGUCGAUUUGCAGAAGUGAAUGCAGUCUUUCUACAAAGCUAUCCAUAUAAUAGCACAAUUGUCAACUCAGGAUAUUUGCUGUAAUAUUUAUAGCAUGGAUGAUAAAAGAUUAACAGAUUAAUGGACAUAUGUUGCUUAUUAUGUUGUGCUAGUGCACCUGUAGACUCUGUUUGUUAUGCUAUAUAUGCUCUAAUUCUGUGACCACUAACUAACAACUUCAUGCCAGCUGGAUCUUCCUGAUAAUAAAGGAGGAUUGGUUGUUGACCUUUUAAUUAUUCUCAUUCCAUUGAGCUAAUAAUAUAAAAGCAUUGCUAUUACUGGAAUAUAUUAAGCUCCUGCUGUGAUGAAUAAGAAUAUACCAUUAAAUCUCUUGGUUAA